UCCCCAUAGACAAUCAUCAGCAGCGAUGCCGAAGAAUAAAGGAAAGGGAGGAAAGAACAGAAGGAGAGGAAAGAACGAAAAGUGAGUGGCUGUGUGAGGGAGAAAAGCGCGACCUCGUCUUUGCAGAAGAUGGUCAAAUUUAUGCGCAAGUAACUAAAAUGCUUGGCAAUGGUCGACUUGAAGCUGCGUGCUUUGAUGGUGAAAAGCGGCUAGCACACAUUCGUGGCAAGUUGCGUAAAAAAGUGUGGAUCAAUCAAGGUGAUAUCAUUUUACUCUCCCUGCGAGAAUACCAGGAUGAGAAGGGAGAUGUGAUUUUGAAGUACACGGCGGAUGAGGCGCGUAGUCUCAAAGCUUAUGGCGAGUUGCCAGAGACUGCAAAGAUCAAUGAAACGGAUACCUUUGGUGGUGAGGGCGAGGAUGAUGAUGUCGAAUUCGACUUUGACAUUGAUGAGAUUUAGAUUGUUGGGUGAUGUCUAUCAAUUCUAUGGGAACGACCCG